GCCUCACAUCCCUAUAAAUGUAGCAUCCCACAACGCACUGAUCAAUUCAUCAGAGCCCUUUAACUCAUUUCAAUCUUCCUUAUUCAACUACUUCAAAUUUCCUAUUUUUCUCUAUUUUCGUCCACCAAAAUGUCGUUGAUCAUCCCCCAUCUGUUCGGCAAUCGAACGGUUAUCGACCCGUUUUCGAUCGAUAUCUGGGACCCAUUUAACAAAAGUGAAAUUUUGGGAUUUGCAAAUACGCAGAUCGAUUGGAAGGAGACUCCAGAAGCGCACGUCUUCAAAGUCGAUCUUCCCGGCCUUAAGAAGGAGGAAGUGAAGGUGAAGGUGGAGGAAGGGAGAGUGCUCCAGAUAAGUGGAGAACGUAACAAAGAGAAGGAAGAGAAGGACGAGAAGUGGCAUCGAAUUGAAAGGAGCCACGGCAAGUUCCUUAGACGGUUCCGAUUGCCUGAUAACGCGAAGGUGGACCAAGUCAAGGCGUCGAUGGAGAAUGGGGUCUUGACUGUCACCAUUCCGAAGGAGGAAGUGAAGAAGCCGGAGGUGAAAUCGAUCGAGAUCUCUGGCUGAGGGGCUGAUCGGUGGGAAUCCCGAUGCAUGUUUUAGUAGGUGUGCUUUGGAAGCAAUAAAGGGUCUUGUGGUGUGCUAGUGUUUGCUUUGGUUGUUUUUACAGUUAUGUGUCGUCCCAUGGGCUACUAAUUAAAUAAAAUCCAAUCUCUCUCUCUUUUUAAGUAUC